AUUUCGUGGAGUGAAAGGUUAUGUGCCUUUCUAAAACACGUUGCUCUUUGUGCUGGAUUACUUCAUGUAGAACUGUGGUAUGGGUCUUCCUCUGGACAAAAUUCAGUUGUUCACCAAGUACACCCGUAUGUUUACAGUCACUUCCUUAGUUGACAUUACUUUCAGGGCUACAUUCAUUAUUCGGAUUAUGUUGCGAAACGUUUUGAAACUAACAAUUUACUCCAUGUAAAAUGUUUAGCAAUAAACGAACAUUUCUAUUGGACAAACGUUCUGUAAUUGGCUUCCAUUGCAAAAACCAUUGCAAAAACGUUUUGCAACAGAAUCUGACUAAUGAAUACACCCCAGGUGCGCUGCACCAGUGGAAGGAGAAGGGAAGGUAUGUAUGUUCCCUGUUAUGUUCUCUUCAUAUGGUGUUAUACCAGUACACUAUUACAACCCUGUUCUCUUCAUAUUGGCUCAAUCCAGAACACUAUUACCAAUACCUCGCUUUAUUUAUUGAGACAAGUCCUUUAUUACAUAGUCUGUUGGACCAAAAAACAGGUUGACUGUUCCCAGUACACUAUAUUACCAACACCUCAUUUAUUACAUAACCUGGUCUUUGUCCAACAGGUUGACUGUUCCCAGUACACUAUAUUACCAACACCUCACUUAUUACAUAACCUGGUCUUUGUCCAACAGGUUGACUGUUCCCAGUACACUAUAUUACCAACACCUCACUUAUUACAUAACCUGGUCUUUGUCCAACAGGUUGACUGUUCCCAGUACACUAUAUUACCAACACCUCACUUAUUACAUAACCUGGUCUUUGUCCAACAGGCUGACUGUUCCAGUACACUAUAUUACCAACACCUCACUUAUUACAUAACCUGGUCUUUGUCCAACAGGCUGACUGUUCCCAGUACACUAUAUUACCAACACCUCACUUAUUACAUAACCUGGUCUUUGUCCAACAGGUUGACUGUUCCCAGUACACUAUAUUACCAACACCUCACUUAUUACAUAACCUGGUCUUUGUCCAACAGGUUGACUGUUCCCAGUACACUAUAUUACCAACACCUCACUUAUUACAUAACCUGGUCUUUGUCCAACAGGCUGACUGUUCCCAGUACACUAUAUUACCAACACCUCACUUAUUACAUAACCUGGUCUUUGUCCAACAAGUUGACUGUUCCCAGUACACUAUAUUACCAACACCUCAUUUAUUACAUAACCUGGUCUUUGUCCAACAGGCUGACUGUUCCCAGUACACUAUAUUACCAACAGGUUGACUGUUCCCAGUACACUAUAUUACCAACACCUCACUUAUUACAUAACCUGGUCUUUGUCCAACAGGUUGACUGUUCCCAGUACACUAUAUUACCAACACCUCACUUAUUACAUAACCUGGUCUUUGUCCAACAGGCUGACUGUUCCCAGUACACUAUAUUACCAACACCUCACUUAUUACAUAACCUGGUCUUUGUCCAACAGGCUGACUGUUCCCAGUACACUAUAUUACCAACACCUCACUUAUUACAUAACCUGGUCUUUGUCCAACAGGUUGACUGUUCCCAGUACACUAUAUUACCAACACCUCACUUAUUACAUAACCUGGUCUUUGUCCAACAGGUUGACUGUUCCCAGUACACUAUAUUACCUACACCUCACUUAUUACAUAACCUGGUCUUUGUCCAACAGGCUGACUGUUCCCAGUACACUAUAUUACCAACACCUCACUUAUUACAUAACCUGGUCUUUGUCCAACAAGUUGACUGUUCCCAGUACACUAUAUUACCAACACCUCACUUAUUACAUAACCUGGUCUUUGUCCAACAGGUUGACUGUUCCCAGUACACUAUAUUACCAACACCUCACUUAUUACAUAACCUGGUCUUUGUCCAACAGGCUGACUGUUCCCAGUACACUAUAUUACCAACACCUCACUUAUUACAUAACCUGGUCUUUGUCCAACAGGCUGACUGUUCCCAGUACACUAUAUUACCAACACCUCACUUAUUACAUAACCUGGUCUUUGUCCAACAGGUUGACUGUUCCCAGUACACUAUAUUACCAACACCUCACUUAUUACAUAACCUGGUCUUUGUCCAACAGGUUGACUGUUCCCAGUACACUAUAUUACCAACACCUCACUUAUUACAUAACCUGGUCUUUGUCCAACAGGCUGACUGUUCCCAGUACAACUUGCCCAUGUGCCCCCGCAACUUCGAGCCAGUGUGUGGAAGUGACGGCACCAACUACUCUAAUGAAUGCAUGCUGUGCUUUCAGAACAUGGAGCGGAAGACUAACAUUCUCAUCCGGAGUAAAGGAGAGUGCUGAACCAGACAAGACCGUCCAUUGUCUCAGCCACACACCAGGCCCCCUCAACAUGACUUUAAACCACUUCCUGUUGCCUUGUCAAAACACUGACGUCUCUUCUAUUGCUUUCUAAAUGCUGAGGAGACAGUAAACGAUUUGUCUCGAUAUACUUUGAACCGUUUCCUCAGCACCUGUUUCCUUCUCCAAACCUUAUGGGCUCCCUGUUUGUCUUCUGUAGAGCACUUAACCCCCUAGUCUUUAAGACUGGUGUAGCGUACCUUCUUUGUGGCAAAAUUGUAUUUUUAAAUGGGAUAAUCUUUAUUGUGUUUUUACUUGGCCAUCUUUAAAAAAAAAUCUGUAAUUAAAACAAUUUUAGCAAAGUU